UUUUGUUGUUCUUCCUGCAUACGAGGCAGAUGUUCUUCAGUUCGUCUCAAUAACUACACAACAUUCAUCGGAGAUUUGUUAACCUCUAGAUCACUUUGCAUUCCGAUUUUUAGCUGAACCGUUUUUUGUUCAUGCGCUUGUCCGGGAAAGUGUUUCUCCAAUCCUCCCUUUCAUUCUGCGGUGUUGGCGCCGAUCUGUAGCUUCAACGGUUCAUGACCCGCGGAAUAUCAAUUCACACUUCAUCAUCGGUAUCUGCCUGUAGCCAGUACCGUUUAGCCGUUUCUGUUCAUCACUAACAAUAACGAUCAGUGUGCUGCAAUACUUUCAGCUAAUCUGCAAAGUUACUUGAAGGUCUUAUAAAGGGGCUUAUUCAUCUUCCGACACCAAGAGGUUGUUUGCUCACAUUAGCAAUCGACAGCAGCUCACUGUUGUUUCUCCUUCGUUGCUAGGUGCUCUGUUGCUUCCGGUUAUAGUACACGCCGCCAGUUCUCACUCUACAGCUUCAUUGCCUGUUGUUUACCGCGCUGAUGAAGGCAGCCAUGGCUAGAACGAUUCGUUCACUCGCCGGUCUUGUACUCUCACUCUGCGUGAGCAUCUCGAUAGAGAAGCAGCACUCUGUCUCUGGAUGGCAUCCUCGUCCGUUGCGAGAUCUCGGUUGGGAGAAGCCCAUCUCCCCGCUUAAGGAUACUCCACUGAACGAUUCUGGUCCCCGGGAAGCGCCUAUAUCUCUUCUGAACUCUUCAUCAGUCCAAGCCCAUGAGGGGAUACACAGUGCGGACACUCUUGCUGGGUCCCCAACAUUAAUGGGAAAGUGGGAUGCGGCUACGCCAGCACACGCCACCGAAUCUGAUAUUGGUCUCUCUGGAAUGAGUUCCUUGGAGCAACUGAGUGAAAACGCACCUGGAAACACAGGGUUGAGCGGCGUGCAACCACGAAACGUGACGCCAACAAUUCAGAUUCAAGAUGUUUCCGCUGCGUGUGAGGCCUACCACGAUGCAAAGAGAGGUCGCCAGCUGUCUCCGCGGCUGUCGGAGUUAACAACAGGAGACAAGGAACGCGCAUCACAACGACUCCAGGCUUUCAUUGAUAAUGGAUGUGAAGAUGUCGUCGAAGUUGACGAGUGUAGAAAUAAAGGAAUCAACGUAUUUGACGGGACGAGCGUAAGCUGCGUUGAUGCUGUCAACGCUUGGUACAACCAAGUUCACGACUACACGUACGAGCGCUACUCCAACUGGCAUUUUAAAAAGACUGGAUCCUUCACUCUGCUUAUGUGGGACGACACUGAAGAGCUGUGCUGUGUCCAAACAAAUGGAUGCAGACAACUAGGAAAGCCGGAAAGGCUACUUUGCGCCUACUCUCCGGCAGGAAAUACUGUAGGAGAAUAUCCUUUCAGCCUUGACCAGUGGAAAAGCAUUAUCGAACGAGAUGGCCUGCCUCAGACAACGAUUAUAGUGGGUGGAACGUCCAGUGAAACACCUUCAGUUACAACGACGUCAACCCGAACUGCCACUACAACCAGCACGCAGACAACGGCGACAACAACGCGGACUACAACAAGCACUUCUACCUCGACACAUACUACAACCAAGACUACCACUACAACUACUACGUCUACGACCACAACUACGACGGUGCCUCCAGCCCCGGAGGACUUUACAGAUGAAUGUCUUCAGGCUCACAAUGAGAAGAGAGUAGAGGGGAUGUCUACUCCCAUCCGGCAGUUGGUCCGGAACACCGGGGCGGUCUCUCAAGCAGAGGCAUAUCGAGACACGAUAGAGAGAGGAGGCUGCCUUUUCCAACACAGCGGAGUCCGUCAGGUAGGACCGUGGGGUCUACUCAGUUUUGAGUCUAAUGAGAAAACAGAUACAAACACUUUGAUAUAACAAUCGGUUGCGCCAUUCUGCACCACCAGCGGCCCUUAGCCGGGCUCAGAAUGCCCCUGCCUGUGUAGGCAGGCCCCGUUGCACCAGACUCUGUAAUCGUGACAGAAACCAUCACCCAUUCCAGUCCAGCUCUGCACUCUUAACUCCGUAUAUGUACUGAUCAUUCUUCGAUACUACCUGUGGCACGGCGAGCGAUCUGCAGUCCACCGUUUCGGUUUGCACUUGCAAGAUAUUUGCUUUUUUCGGCCGCUGACAGGGCAACGGCAGAGUGCAAGUAUUUAACUCCAGCAGCAGAAGUUCAAUCGUGCUAGGAGGGUUGUGUUUCGGGCUUUCCGCGUGUUUGCAGUACGGCGAAAACCUAUACAAAUCAUCUGUCCACACCACGUGCAAGGACGCAGUUGCGCUAUGGUAUAGCGAGAAGAAAAACUACACCCAAUACGCAGCUAUCAACUCUUUCAACUACCAGAACUUUGGCCAUUUCACUCAAGUUAUGUGGGCAAACAGCAGUGGCCUUGGAUGUGCAUACAGUUCUAAGUGUCGUACUGUUGUAUGCAACUACUACCCACCAGGAAACUAUAUCGGACAGUAUCCUUUCAGGUGAGGCGAAAGGAAGUCUUUGGUUUCUUGGGCUUUGACUUCUUGAAUGCUGCUUGAUGAGAGUGAAAGUCGGCAAUGUAGCGCUGCUCCACCACUGCAGGACAGGAUAGUGCAGGGAACGGCUCAAGAUGAAUAUCGGCGUUGCUGUCGUUUCUUGUCUCCCUUCUUCCAGCCGAGCUCAAUACAACAGCAUUCUCGAAAGGGAUGGGUAAGAAUUUGCAGCCAUUGUUGGGUCAAGAGCCGGAGAAAUCAGGCCACCAACUAAAAUCAAUACGUCCUUCAAUGCGGUGGCCAACAGGCAUCUAAUAUUGUUGUUAGCGCGUGAAAUAAAGGAUCCCCAAGACGCUUCCAAAGCGAAGCGAUGUUGUUUUAGAUUACCUGAAGGAAGAUAAGCUUUAUUUCAAGGCAAAGCGUGUAUUGUCUAGCAGUUUGUUUUUGAAGUUUUAUAGUGCGCGGCUGCUCAUUGCUCAGCUGGUGUCAUUCCACGACGAGACAUCAAUGAAUUUCUCGAUGCCGUUCAGCCUCCAAAGGCCUACCAAACCGCUUCAGGUUUAGAGUUUGUGCCUGUGAUUUCCCAGUAGUAAGAUCCGUGAGCAGCGAGGCUGAAUAACAUUGUGCAGCCAAAAACGGAAUGCCAUUCAAGUUCCAUUUGAGUCAGCAUAGAGUUCUCAAAUUCUGCUUCCAAAACAUCAAAACCUCUGCUUUCCUCUGGCUUUAAAAACGCGCUUGA